UUUUUCGUUUCGUUUUUUUUACCUUUUUUUCAAAAUUUUGUGCUACUACUCGAGGCUAUUGUUAUCAUUUUGUUUUUUCGUUUUUUCAUGCUAAAAAUCUUCAUUCAACAUUUUGUCUGUUUGUAACACUUUUAGAGAAUCUUCAUUUCUCCCCCUUGCUUUAUGCACCGAAAACAAACAAAACGUUGCUCGAUUCUUGGCCUUGAUUUUUGAUUUUGAGAGGGGAGAAUAUUCCUUGUUGAAGCAGAAGAAUUGAAAAAUGGCAUCAGCACCGAUCAUAAUACCGAUUCUUUGUCUGAUAAUUGUAGCUGUUUUUUUAAUACUUUGUACAUAUCGUUUAUUAAGAAAUUUAUUUGGUUGUCCACAUCAAAAAUCAUCAUAUUUAUUUGAUACUAUUAAUCAAAAACGUAAACGACGAUCAGUUUUACCAACAACAAAUCCAUAUACAAUUGAUCCAUCAUCAUCAUCAUCACCAUCGAAUGGUAGUACAGCAAGUCCAAAUUCUGUUUAUUAUAAAGGUGGAAUAUUACUUUAUCCAGCAUUAACAACAACUACUAUUGCUGGAUCAGCACCAAGUCGAUCUCCAUCACCACCAUUAAUUGAUAAUCAACAACAACCAUCAAAACAUCAACAACAAUCACCAUUUUCAUCUGAUAAUAAUAAUGAUGAUGAUUUACAAGAUGAAAUUAUCGAUUUGGAUACAGUUGAUACUCAAAUCGGUGAUGAUGAUAAUGGUGAUGGCCGUGAAUCAUCAACAUUUGCCACUAUUAUUACUGAUUUAACACAAUCAUCACCAAAUAGUAAUAGUACAACAACAAAUGAUGAUACUCAUAAUCUAUUAACAAUUCAUUCAACUGAUUCAUCAUCACCUGAACAUUUACGAAAUAGUUAUCAUUUUAAUCCUAACGAAGAUAACAAUGAUGAUAAUGAUAAUAAUAAUGGUCAUCAUGGUGGAUGGAAUAAUAAUCAAUUCGAAUCGGAUGUCUGAUGUUCGAUUCUAUAUCGAUCCAACCAGCACCGCCAUCAAAAUAUUUUUCGACUUUCUUUGAUGAUUUUUCAUUUUCAAAACACAUCCACAUUACUUACAUUACAUAUCUACUUUUUUUAAUAACUUUUUUAUAUAAAGAAUUUUUGUGUCAUUUUUUUUACAUUCAAAUCAAUCAAUCAAUCAGCCAUAAUAUUUUGCUUA